GAAGCGGAAGUGUAACCGGAAGCUCUCGUUUAGUGGCUAGGUCCCUUUUGCCGGGUGCUUUACCGGUGUUUGUUUUUCUUGGCGGGGGGGAGAGCGGCCGGCCCCCCUCCCUUGCGAGGAGGAUGCUCUUGGCCUCGCGCGGGUGGGGGCGGCACCUCGGGGUGGUCUGGCUACUCGCCUUCCUUGCGGCAGCAGAAACAGACGAAACUUCUGACCUGCUAUCAGAAGAGCUAAGUGAAACUUCCCUACCAGUAAAUCCAGAAAGCACUUCUGCCCAUUCAAGCAGCGAUGGACACAGAGAAUCGGUACAGUAUAGGACUGCAGAAAUUGCUGAUGCUAUGAUGAGUGGUAGCCUUCUUGCGGACCAUCAUGUUGUAUUGUCGGUUAUUCCAAGUGACACAAAGGAGACACAUCUCUCUGAAGCAGACACUGGUACUUGCGAUGCAUCAGCAGAUGGUGAAUGCCGUACGAAGAACAUGGCAUCUGUAGCUCAGGAAGUGUCUCAUGCACAAGAGCCAAUAGUACAUCCAGCAGUAGUGCUGGAAGCAGUGCAUCCUUCAUCAGCAGAGGACUCAAAUAACACAGAUGGUAUGAAAACCCCAAAAGUGAACUGUGAAGAAAGAAACGUUACAGGAAUUACAAAUUUCACAUUACAGAUUUUGAAUAUUUCCCAAGAUUUAAUGGAAUUUUUAAAUCCAAAUGGCAGUGACUGCACCUUAGUCUUAUUUUAUACCCCUUGGUGUCGUUUUUCUGCCAAUUUGGCUCCUCAUUUUAAUUGUCUGCCACGAGUGUUCCCAACACUACAUUUUUUGGCCUUGGAUGCCUCCCAACAUAGCAGUUUAUCAACUCGGUUUGGAACUGUGGCUGUUCCUAACAUCCUCCUUUUUCAAGGUGCUAAACCAAUGGCAAGAUUUAACCAUACAGAUAGAACUCUGGAAACACUGAAAGCAUUUAUUUUUAAUCAGACCGGUAUACAACCUAAAUCUGAUGUGAUGGUGAGCAUGGAAGAUCACGUUGGUCCCCUGCCUAGCACACAGAGUAAAGGAAUAGAUUGGCUCCUUUUGUUUUCUUUAUUGUUUCUUAUCAGUUUCAUCAUGUAUGCUACUAUUCGGACAGAGAGCAUCCGUUGGUUAAUACCUGGACACGAUCAGGAGCAUCAGGAGUGAUAUGUGAUUUGAGUACUGUCUGCUUUCAGAAUAAGUUGAUAAACUUGUGAAUCCCUCAAUGUCUUGUAAACUCGAGGCCUGUUAUGUUUAUUGCAUAUUUAAAAUGGUACAUUAUCAUUCAGAAGAAAUUUCUGAACGUACAACAAUGAACACUGUAGUUGGAUAAUUAAAUGGUGAUGGGACAGCUUUACCCUAUAGAAUCUAUACUCUGCAGAAUUCAUUUUUAAUGGAAAAAUUAUAUAUGUGUGUGUGUGUGUGUGCUGAUAAUUUUGAUAGAGUGAACAUCUCUGCUUCCUAUUGUAUAAAUUCUUACAAACCUUGAAAAUAAUCGCAGGCGUGUAAGAUUGUAGAAUGAAAAUAAUAGAUUUAAGCGUUAAUUGGGUUUAGAAACAAUUUCUCCUUAGCUUUAAUGAGGUACACUUUUUGAAAAUUGAAUGAAAUUUGAUAAAUGUAUAAGUUACGGACACCUUCACAUUUGUGCUUUGAUCACAGUAUUUGAUGAAAGUGGUUAGAAUUAAGAAAACAUUUAAUCUUAAUGAAUCCUAAUCUUCAUGUCAUUUAUACUGGAAACAGACAUAGUUUAGUAUUUUAAAAGGACAUAAAACAAUGUCGCAGUAGGUUGGAAAGAAGAAAUAUAAUUUCAUGCACAAUACUGUGAUACUUAAGUAUGGGUGUAAAUGUAUGUAUAAUUUCAUGGAUGCUGCCUUUUUAAUGGUAUUUUUUUUUGUUUUGGUGUUUGUAAGAAUUUGAGUCAACAGAAAUUAAAAGAAUAACCUAUCACAUGGGUUGUGAUAUGGCAUUGUGA